UUAUGUUAGUGAAAACUUUAAUAUUAACAUGAUAGUGGAAUCAAAUUUUUACUCGACAUACUGCUGCACUGAUCACGUGUAAGGCGGAAGUAGCGAGGUAAGUUGCAGAGGUGUGAAAUGUAGUGUCCGAUGCUAUCAGUCCGAUAUCUUUGGCCUUUUGUCCACUGACCUGGCUCUCCGGGAAUGACACUGGUAAACUGCACGGGUGUGAAAAAUAAUGUUAGCUGUCACACCUGCAUGUAUUAGAUUCACAAUAUAAUAGAUUCUGAAAUGAUAGUCCAGAAGAGAGAUACUGUGCCUCAUUCUGAAGAGAGUCUGCCCACAGAUAUGCUUGCAGAAGUUUCUAACAGACUGCCAGUUAAUUGUUUGUCCCAGGAUCUCAGUGACCAGCUCAGUCAGUGCAACUCACCCUGCUGUAAUGGACAGCCAGCGCCAUGCCCCUCUCCAUGCUGUAAUGGACAGCCAGCGCCAUGCCCCUCUCCAUGCUGUAAUGGACAGCCAGCGCCAUGCCCUUCCCCAUGUUGUAAUGGAAAGCCACCCCCAUGUCCUUCUCCCUGCUGUAAUGGACUGUUUAUGUGCCAGUCACCUUGCUGCCAAAACCCUCCACCACAACAGUCCACUCCAAUGAAAUGCAACAAUCUGUCAGAUUGUUUGGACUUCAGUGACCUAUCAUUUCACCCAGAUCAUGAUUCCACUUAUAUACAGGACACCGACAGUGAGUCAGAAUGGGAAAGUCCAGAUGAAGAGGCGGAGAAAGAUGACACUGACCCAGUGACUGACACAAAAUGCCUAGUAUUUCAUAAUCAGUUGAAAGGUCUUUUUGAGAAGUGCUUGGGGGACAAAUUUUGUGCCGCGCCAGUGGUGGACAGGAAAGAAGAAUGGUGUGGCAGCAUGUUAACUGUCAAAGGUACCUGUCUAAACCAUCACGAUUUUGUCUGGCGUUCGCAGCCGGUUGUGAACAAGCAACCUGUAGGAAAUAUAUUAUGUGCAGGUGCAAUUUUGUUUACUGGGAACACUUUUACUUCAUUCAAAGAAAUCACUGAGGCUCUCAACUUGAAGACCAUCCAGGAGAGGCAAUUUUACGCUAUACAGAAAAAACACCUUUUGCCAUGUGUUAACCAAAUGUGGAAAAUUCACCAGGAACAGCUUUUGUCAGAAUAUACACAAGAUGAAGCUUUGGUUGUGGCAGGUGAUGGGCGUUGCGACAGUCCUGGUCACACAGCAACUUUUGGCACGUACAGCCUGAUGGACACAAAAACCAACAGAAUCCUCACUACUAAUGUUGUGAAAGUGACUGAGGUCCCAAAUUCUUACCAUAUGGAAAACGAAGGCCUUGUGCGUUGUAUGCAGGAUUUACAUAAUUCAGGUGUUACUGUGCACACUAUUGCCACUGACAGGCAUCCACAAAUAACAAAAACCCUUAGAGAGAAAUACCCCUCCGUCGAGCAGCAGUAUGAUGUGUGGCACUUGGAUAAGUCGGUGAAGAAGAAGCUCUCUGCAGUGGUUAAAAAGAAGGAGUGUGCAGAUUUACAGCCAUGGGCAAAAGCCAUCAGUCAUCAUCUGUGGUGGUCAGCUGACUCUUGCCAGGGGAAUGCACUGGAGCUAAAGGAACGUUGGCAGUCUAUCUUAAGACACACUGUUAACAUACAUGAGUGGACAGUAGGCCAACGCUUCUUGAAAUGUGCUCAUGAGGAUUUAUCAGAUAAGCAGUCCAGGAGCAAGAAAUGGUUGAAGGCAGGUUCCCCUGCCCACAAGGCUCUCCAGUCCAUAGUAUUGGAUAAAAGACUAACAAAAGACCUUGAGUCGGUUACUGGAUUUUGUCACACUGGCCACUUGGAAGUAUAUCAUAACAUGCUGCUCAAGUAUGCCCCAAAGAGGCUCUCAUUUAGUUACGAGGGAACAGUGGCCAGAACAUUGCUAGCAGUACUCGAUAACAAUCACAAUCAGAACCGGGAGCAAGUGGUGAACAAGAAUGGUACACUUCGAUGGAACGUCCGAUGGUCUAAAGUAACCAAACGCUUUACCGCACAGAAGGUUAUGGGCCAAAAGGAUAUGGAGUUCCGUCAACACUUGAUGCAGUGUGCAGUAGAUAGAGUAGAAAGAGGGCUUGGGGAAGAAAUUGACAAGAUUUUUGUCCCAGAGUUAGCAAGGAACACUGUGGCCAAGACGCCGAAGCCCACUAGAGAUGAAGUUGUACAGGGACACAUUUCUAGAUUCCGCAAACUGACAUAUUAGACUUGAUUAUUAUUAUUCAGU